UACUUUCUGCAGUCUGUGGAGACAGGUGAGCCAGGAACUCCUCAGACAGGUGUGGGUGCGAGGGUCGGGAGGGUCAUGGGAUUGGGACCGAGGUAUGAGGAGGGAAUCUGCAAUUCCUUGCUAUACAGAGCUCUGGCAACUUCUGGCAGCCUGCUUUUGGGGUAUGGGCUGCCUCGGGUUGUUGCUGUUUCAGAGGAAAGAACAGGGCUCCCCUGCCCUCUGCCUCCCAGCUGCUGGACUAACUCCUAGCAGGAAACUUGUAAACUGAGUUUAGCGAGUUAGGAUCAGCAGAGGGUAGAGGAAGGCCCUGGCACAUGUGGGGUCUAGAAGAGGACAGAAGUGAUCAGGGCCUCUGGCCACUGUGCUGGGCCUUUGCCUGUAUGAUUCUUUCUCAAGCAGUUGUGUCCCUGUAUCUUUGGUGUGCCUGUGUGCACUUUCUCCCUCCACCAGGAGCAUGGGCUGACACCGGAGGAAAGGAAAAAAGGGAGUCAGACAGGGAGCCUGGGGAGGGGCCAUGGUGCCAAUUCACUUACUGGGGAGACUGGAGAAGCCACUUCUCCUCCUGUGCUGCGCCUCCUUCCUACUGGGGCUGGCUUUGCUGGGCGUAAAGCCAGACAUCAGCCCCAUUGCUUAUUUCUUUCUCACAUUGGGUGGCUUCUUCUUGUUUGCCUACCUCCUGGUCCGGUUUCUGGAAUGGGGGCUUCGGUUCCAGCUCCAAUCAAUGCAGACUGAGAGCCCAGGGCCCUCAGGCAAUGCACGGGACAACGAAGCCUUUGAAGUGCCAGUCUAUGAAGAGGCCGUGGUGGUGCUGGAAUCCCAGUGCCUCCCUCAACAGCUGGACCAACCACCCCCCUACAGCACUGUUGUGAUACCUCCAGCACCUGAGGAGGGACAACCUAGCCAUCCAGAGGGGUCCAGGAGAGGACUGGAGAGGCGAAUGGCCUCAGAGGGGUCUAUGGCCCAGGAAGGAAGCCCUGGAAGAACUCCAAUCAGCCUCCGGCUUCGGGGACCACGGGCUGUGUCCACUGCUCCUGACCUGCAGAGUUUGGGGGAACUCCCCAGAUUAGAGCCUCUGACUCCACCCCCUGCCUAUGAUGUCUGCUUUGGUCACCCUGAUGACAGUGUUUUUUAUGAAGACAACUGGCCACCCCCUUAAACGACUCUCCCAAGAUUUCUCUUCUCUCCACACCGGACCUACUCUUUCAUUUGAUCAACGUUUUCCAGUGCCUACUAUGUGUCAGAAACAGUGUUUCUGCCUGGACAUCAUAAAUGGGGACUUGAACUCUCAGAAGAGUCAGGCCACAGUAAGCCCUCCCCAGUUGAGAUGUGGGUGGCAUAAUUUGAGUCUUCUGGAAACAUUUGGUGACCUACCCCAUAUCCAGUAUUUCCUGCAUUAGAUUGAGGAUGAAGUAGAGAGGUAAUCCAGAGAAGGUGGAGAAGGAAGAAUUAACAUCCAAGAGGCAGCUAUUGCUUCUGUUCCAGGUACUGUUAGAGCUGUUAGAUCCCUUAGGCUUGCCAGUUUUGUGAGUUAUGAUUGAAAAGUGAGGAUUCCAAGAGUCAGAGGAAUUUGAUAAUGUGCAUGAGGGCACACUGCUAGUAACAGCAUUAAAAUAACUUGAAUGAACUCCUGA